AUGCGCCCCCCGCUUACGGCUGUUCAGACCCAGGAACAGCUCGAGAACCUUCUUGGGAUGUGCAGAGAAUUCAGUAAGCAGAUAAACAAAAUAGGGAUGGAUGAUGUGAACAAGUUGGUGAGGAGGUACACCAAGAGGUGCGUUCCCGUGCGCCGAGUGAGCGAGGAUGAACGUAUGGGUGGACUUGUCAUCCACAAGAGAAGCGAAAUGCUAAACAACCCAAUCGAGCGCGACACGCACAUCCUCGGGUCCUUGAAAGUAAGUGAUGACUGGGACGAGACAGUAAUCGGGUAUGACAGUAAGGAUGCUUCGCGAACGGUUGACGAAAUCCUUACUGGAAUCAUUGAUCUCCUUUGUCCGCCGCUAGCAUCCUAUUACGAGGAUGGGUGGCAAAAGGCGGACCAGGGUGCAACAAAGAGGGGCGGGCCUUCGGGCGGGCGAAGGCGCGACGAAGUGGAUGCGAAGCUCUGCCUCAGUGCUACAAGCCUGGACGCUCCCUCGGAAAACGCCGCUGAUGCCCUCACCUUGACUUUGUUGUCGCGACAAAAAAUCUACAGCGGAGUCUCUGAUGAGCUGACGGGCUUUGCCGAAUGA